AAUUUCCAUUUUUUCUAUCGAAAACUGGAGUUUGAGGAUAAUCGAGAUAUAUAUAUGUAUCGAUACUCGAAAAAAAAUCGAGAAGAACGAAAUGAAACCACUGAAUCCCUCGGCAAUGGCGUCGAUGGUGGUUCCAGUGGAAUUCCUGGGUUCGUCCUUAUACCCCUCAUCGUCCCCAUCCAACCUGUGAGAACAAUGUAAUCAAUAACGAACAAUCACGAGACAACACAAGCGACGAUAAAAAAAAUAAUUCUCUCACCUGAACCCCUAAAAGAUGACAAUUAUCUGAGUGAAGGUUAUGUACGCUCUAAACGUCAACACAAAAGUGAAAUAAUCUCCCCAAAGAAUAAAAAAAUAAAUAAAUAAAAGCCCCCAGGUGAUAAUAAGUCGGUCAAAUGAUUAGUCCCUCGUGAUAAGUGUCAAGUGUAAUUGAAUAAUUGAUAUAAUGAUGGGUAUAUUGUAUGAGAAAAGGCCCCUGAAGAGGCCCCGAUUGGGCCCACCAGAUGUUUAUCCCCAGGAGCCAAAGCAGAAGGAGGACGAGUUGACCCUGACAAACGUAAAACACGGUUUUGCCACGACAACAUCAUUGUCCGAUGAAUUUGGUACAGCUAGACACUGCAAUGUCACUGCUGCCAAGGUCGGUGCUUAUUUCAAUGCCAUUCUUGCUAAGAAAGAGGAACUAGCGACGAUGCCAGACACUGGUAGAAAACGCCAGCAGAUGAAUACUAAAGACAAUUUCUGGCCAGUGACAGCAAGAACGAAAAAUCAGAUUGAAACUUGGUUUAAAGAUUUAUCUGGUUGCAAACCUCUGGUGACACUGGCGAAGAAAGCACCAAAUUUCAACAAGAAGGAGGAGAUAUUCAUGACUCUGUGUGAGUACCAAGUGCCAAUGCUGAGGGCUGCGUGGUUUAUUAAAUUGAGUUCUGCUUACACUGUUGCGGUGUCGGAGUCUAAACUGAAGAAGAGACAGCUGCCAGAUCCAACGACAGAGUGGACUGGAACUCUUAUUAAAUUCCUGAAGGAUCAGCUCUCGAAGAUAUCCGAGUACUAUCACUCUGGUAAUCCCCUGCAUCAUCCCUCGACCACACCACCCACGAUAAAUGGCUCGUGCAGUUCCUCCAGUAGCAGUACAACACCAACAUCCACGUCAAAUCCACCAGCUUCCAAUCCAAAUUCCUCGAGCACUACCUCGAAUGGUAGUACAACGGGUAAUGGUACCCCCUCGAUGAACCCAUCGACUCCAAACUCGAGUCAACAGUCAACUCCAACUCCAUCGAUGAACGACGAGCACAGAUUGGCCUUGAAGCAGUGGCACUACUGCGUCCAACUAGCGAAAUACAUGUUUGAAGAGGGUCUCCUGGAUCGUCAAGAGCUCCUGCAGUGGAUUCUGGAGCUCCUCGAUAAGAUGCGCUCUGCACCAUCAGAGGAUGGAAUUCUCAAGCUACUGCUGCCUCUGGCACUGCAGUACGUCGAGGAAUUUGUGCAAUCAGAGCUGUUGGCUAGAAGACUGGCAUAUCUCUGCUGCAGAAAGCUCGCCCAUAUGCUGAGUAAUAUCGACAUUAAUUCGUCGCCACAGAGCCCAUUGGUGUCCCAGGUUAAGUCGGAAAUUGGAAAAGAUGGGCUGCCACCACAGUCUAUGCCAAAUUCCCUGGCUGUGGCUUUCAAUGAUUAUUUAUCCUGUCCUCAUCAUAGAGGAGUCAUUUACUCUCUCUCUGCAAUAAUUCAGGUGAUAAUUCUGGAGUGUCCAACAGCCCUAGUCUGGAAUAGCGUUGGUGAGGGUAAAGCACCGUCAGUUCUCAAUGGUUCACCUCUGGAUUAUUUACCCUGUCCACCAGCUAGUCUCCCUUGUCCUCCAUCAACGGCAUCAAAUCCCACGAUGAUGCAGCUACGAAUGGCGCAGGAGAGCAUCAGAUUGCGUUCCCAAGCGGCUGAGGGCAGAUGGUCUUGCGACAAGUGGCAGCAGAGUUCAGCUGGAAUGACAACAACUAGAGUUCUAGCAGCAUUAGAUGCACUUGAUCGUCAUAGCUUCGACAGAAUGGACGCUACAAACUCCCUGGACACUCUCUACUCGAAAAUAUUUACACCACCACCGAAAGAGACGAAUAACGAGAGAGAACAAACUAAGACUGAGUACACACCCCAGCAGGACUCGGCUGUUGUCAAUAUACUGUGCGAGUGGGCAGUGUCUGCUGAACGAUGGGGCGAGCACAGGGCAAUGGCUGUUGCUAAACUCCUGGAGAAGAGACAGGCCGAAGUUACAGGCGAGAAUAACGAUGACAACGACAAGGACAGUGUCUGCAGCAAUGGAAGUCCCCCGACUUUACCAAUAUUUCAACCACUCCUCAUGAAAUUUUUGGACACUGAUGCACCCAUUCAGGACAACUCUACACCCCAGACUAAAGCUCAAUUCACGAAUCUCGUUCAUCUAUUUUCAGAGCUCAUUAGACACGACAUAUUCUCUCACGACGCCUACAUGUGCACUCUCAUAUCCAGAGGGGAUUUGAUACAGGGACCCACAGCUAGUAAACCAGGUACACCUAGUAAUCGUGAUCCUAUGGACGAGGACAGUCUUUUUCCGGGUAUUGAUCUCAAGCCCACGAAGCUUGAAGUCUCUGAUCAUGGGAGAAUGGAUCUGGAUGACUCGAAGAUUGACGACGAUUUGGAUAAAAUAUUGCAGCACAUCAAGGAGGACCACCAGAACAGCAUGGAUGCACCAGACAGCCCCAAGGACGAUCUAGGUGGCCAUCCAGCUGAGGGACUAGAAGCUAAACCACCGACGAGCCCCAGUCGUCAUUUAUUGUACACAACGCACUUUCCUCUUCCCCAGGACGAGUCCUGCAGUCAGCACGACUGCAAUCAAAGACACGUUCUUCUUUACGGAGUGGGUCGUGUCAGGGAUGAGGCACGUCAUGGUGUCAAGAAGAUGACGAAGGAGGUGUGCAAAUUAUUUGGUAAAAAAUUCAGUAUUGACGUUGCUGAGGGGGGAAAAGUGAAGAAACACUCGAGGAAUGAAUUCAACUUCGAGGCAAUAACCCAGAAAUUUCAGAAUCUCAGUUACUUUGAUCAGCACGUGGUGACAUGGCAGUGUGCAACGCAAGUUAUUGAAAUGUUAAAUGUUUUUGCAUUGUCUGGCUCGUCUUAUCUACCUGUCCAGGAGCACGUGGCGUUUCUUUUCGAUCUGAUGGAGCUGGCAUUGAAUAUCUACGGUCUCAUCGACGUGUGCAUUCAAAUUCUGAAGGAACUCCCUGAAGUCGAGUCCCAGUUGUCCCUGAAGAACAGUCAACUCGUUAGAAGUUACACCACCAGUUUAACUCUGUACGUCGUUGGUGUACUCAGGAGAUAUCACUGCUGUCUUCUGUUGUCACCAGAGCAGACGACAGCUGUUUUUGAUCUACUCUGUAAAGUUGUCAAGCACGUGUCGAAUCCGAGUGACUGCAGCUCAGCUGAAAGAUGCAUUCUCUCUCAGCUGUACGAUUUGUACUCCUCCUGCUCACUGCUGAAGAGUAAACCACAUGGGGUCGAGGCUUUCAGCAAUGCCUACCCCAAGAUCAGAGCUGCACUGUACAGUGCAGUGCAGUUGACAUCCUCGAAUCAUCCUUACAACUCUCAAUUCAUGGUGGAUGUCUUCAACAGUCCUCGAAGGGGUGGAAAAAUCGAGCCCCAGUGGGCAAGAUCUCUCAAUGAAACACCAGCCAACAGAUAUAGUUUCGUGUGCAAUGCCAUUGUCGCUGUCUGCAACGAGACAGAUAAUGAUAAAUUGAAUGAAAUUGCUAUAACAUGUGCUGAGUUAACAGCCUGCUGCAAUGCCCUUAGUGCUGAGUGGCUUGGAGUGUUCAAGGCCCUCUGCUGCUCUGCCAAUAGCUUUCCAUUUUACAUCGAUGUACUCAAUCAGGUUGACGUCCAGGAUCUGAGCAUCCACAAUUCCCUGGCUGUCUUCAUCUCCAUUCUCAUCGCAAGACACUGCUUCAGUCUCGAGGAUUUUGUCCUCCACAUCGCUCUUCCCUCUCUGGUGAGGGCCUGCAAUGAUGGCAGAGGAGAUGCUGACACCGAGUCUGAAUCCAGGGGUAGACUCACCUGUCACCUAGUGCUGAGGCUCUUCAAGACUGUGGAAUGUCCUCAGCCAUCCCUCUACUCAGUCAGUACGAGUCCUCAUCCUCUACCCAGUGGUAAUCCUCGGGGUUAUAGCAUAAAAUUGAGUUGUGAUCGUCAUCUACUCGCAGCAACUCACAAUAAUAUUCGAGUUGGACCCGUUCUGGCUGUUCUCAAGGCCAUUCUGGUGGUGGGUGAUGCAACAGCUGUUAAACAACCACCGAAAAAGCCAGAUGUACCUCUCACCCACUCUGGAAAGGGUACAGGACCUGCGUCUGUUGGUCCAGGGGCUGGGGAGUUGUCUAUCAGUCAUAUCCUGGGAACCAGUGACAUUCAUGGAGCUGGAGACGACCUGGGGCUCGAUUUGGCGAUGUCAUCCUCGAGCAGCAGUGCUGGUAUGACUGAGAAUGUCAAGGGGCUCAGUGAAUUUGCACAGCAUGUGCUCAGACAGAUCUGCAGCCAGGAGUGGGUUCUUGAGAAGUGUUUGCAUAAUCCUGAGGAGUUGUUUCACGUUGAGAUGCUGUUGGAUAAUAUGCUGUCACCUAAACAGGCACAGCGACUUCUGCAUAUGAUCUGCUAUCCUGACACACCUCCUGAUGCUUUUCACGAUCAAAGAACGCAUAUCACGAAUAUUCUGGAGAAUCUGGAGCAGUGGAGUCUCAGAAUGUCUUGGCUGGAUCUUCAGUUGAUGUACAAACAGUUCUCCUCUGGGUCCAGUGAUUUAUCCCUGUGGCUUGAGACUGUUGCCAAGGCAGCGAUUGAUGUAUUUCAGUUGAAUAAUCCCACGAGUAAUAAAGGGGACAAGAGAUCUGGAUCUAUCUGGCUCGUGGCACCUCUGGUAUCAAAAUUACCCAGUGCUGUUCAGGGGAGAGUUCUCAAGGUGGCAGGCAAUUCCCUGGAGUCUGGCAACUGGACGAAAGCAGGUCGUGAGCGACGUUCGAAGUCUCCAUCUCUGUUCAAUCACCAGCCAUUCCUGUCUCUUGUCUUGACCUGUCUCAAGGGUCAGGAUGACCAGCGGGAGGGUCUACUGACGUCCCUGCACUCUCAGCUGUCUCAAUUCCUCAACACCACAAAAGACGAGAAAAAUAUGGCAUCCGAGGAUCCAAAAUCCCGUGAGGUCCUCCAGGACGCUCUCCAAUUGCGUUUCAGUCUAGUGGGUGGUGUCUUCGAUACGAUUCAACGAAAUACCACAGUGACAAUCGACUGGGCAAUUCUCCUGGUGCAACUUGUGAGCUACGGAGUUAUCGACUUGAACAACAACUCCGAACUCUUCACCACGGUAAUCGAUAUGCUGGCGACAUUAAUUCACUCUACCCUAGUCUCCGAUUCUCAAUCGGAGAAGGAUGAGAACAAGAAACACUACCAGAACCUCAUGAAGAAGCUGAAGAAGGAGCUGGGGGAUAAAAAUUCCCAGAGUAUUCAGUACGUUCGCCAGCUGCUGCCCCUUCCCAAAUUGACGAUGGAGGUGAUCACGUGUGAGCCCGUGGGCUCCCUGACAGACACAAAGGGAAAUAAAAUCGCUGGAUUCGACAGCAUCGACAAGAAACAGGGCCUCCAAGUGUGCGAUCACCAGAGAAUAUCCGCCUGGGAAUUGCUGGAGGGCCACAAGAAUCCAGCGCCCCUCUCCUGGACGUGGUUCAGAGCAGUGAGAAUCGAGAGAAAACCCCUGACUUAUCAGAGUGCACACAAGCUUCUGCGUUAUCACACUCAUAGUCAAAUAAGAUCAGCCAAUCACUACCUGGAUCCACCGCCUUUACCACCGGAGGAUUUGGAGCCAGAUAAGAAGGAAAAUGAGCCAGGUAAAGCUGAUACUCCUAUGAGCGUUGAUUCACCGAGUAGAUUGGGUCCAAUUAUCAAUGCUGGUGCUGGCAAGGGUAAAGCAAUGAAGGUACCGAGGAGGCACAGGAGGAGUAAAGCACCAACACCAACGGCUGCUUUACCUCAGCAGAUGCCACAGGCACCACCGAUGCAGCAGAUACCGUACAAUCAGCAGACACAGCCACAGCCCCAGCCACAGGCACAGGCGCAGGUACAACCUGGUAUGUUUCAACAGACAGCUCAACAGCAGCAGCAGUGGUAUGCCAAUCAGCAGGGUCCAGCGCAAACUCAGCAAUACAGCUACAAUCAGCAGAUGGCACAGACACCUGUUGCUGGACCCAGGGAUUAUCGUCCUGGUAUGAAUAAUCAGUCGAAACAGGCCUUGUCAAAUAUGUUGAGACAUCGAUUGCCUAAUCAAUUUGUUGGGGGACAGCAGCAGGCAAAUGUACCAGUGGGUGGACCUGGUGGAUUUCAGGGUAUGCAGAGACAGCAGUUUAUCAGACAACAGCUCAGAUCAACUCAUGGUGGUCCUGGUAUCAAUCAGCAGGGAAUGUUUGCACCUCAGCAGCAGGCUAAUAUGUAUGGAAAUAUGCAGCCAGGGAUGAAUCAGAGUUACACUGGGUAUGGGGGACAGCAGAUGAUUGGACAGGGACAGCAGGCACAGGGACAGCAUCAGAAUCCGGGACAUCAAGGACAGCAGCAUCAGAGUGCACAGCAGCAGCAGAUGAUGCAGGCGCAGCAGCAGCAAGGAAUGAUGAAUCAGCAGCAGAAUAUGAUGUUUCAGAAUCAGCAGAUCAUGGGGGGACAGAGGGGACAACAGGAGUACAUGCAGCAACAGAGGAUGCAGCCGAAUGCUGGGCCAAGACCACCUUAUUUACAAGCACCUAAUGUCACCAUGAAUGCUAUGGGUCCCAUGGGGGGUGGAGUACAGAAUCAACCUGCACCACCUUAUAGACAGGCCGGGGGGAAGCCUGCUGGGGUUGGUGUCGCUGGAGGAGGUGUUGCUAUGCAGCCAAAUCAGCAGCAGUUCCAGCAGAUGAAUCAGAGGAUGAGACAGCAAUUAAUGGCUCUGCAGCAGCAACAGGCUCAGCAUGCCCAGGUACAACAGCAACAGCAGCAGACUGGUAAUAAUGGACAACCACCAACUCCUCAGCUCGUUGCACAUCUCCAGAGGCACCUCACACAACCUCCACAGCAUCCUUAUCAUAAUCAACCCCCACCGUAUUGAUAAGUUCACUUAUUUCGGAUAUUAUUUUAGAUGUAUAUUUAUAUAUUUAUAAUCGAUGACAAGUGAUUGGAAAUCAUUUCUAAUUUCUAAUUAUUAUUCAGGAAUUUUUUUUGUCUUGUUUUUCACGAGUUUUAAUUGAUGAGAAUUUGGGGGUCAGUGAAUUGUACAAACGUUGUAAACUCAAUGGGCUAUUGUAUGAAUAAAGAUCAUGAGUUGGAAGUCUA